AUGUGGCGAUUAAUUGCAAACAAAUUAAAAGAAAAUUUUGGCAUAUCCACUUCUCCCUCUCAAUGUGAGAAUAGGUGGAGAGUAGUUGAACGAAAUUAUAAGAAGUUUGUGGAUAAUAAGAACCAGACAGGAGCAGGCCGGAGAGAGUUCGAGUAUUUGGGACCGAUGGAAGAGAUUUUGGAUGAGAGAACUCUUAUACAGUCAAUUUUAAGGCAGACAAACGUGGUUAAGUACAUGGUAAGCGAUGUUCUGCAGGAAAUAAAACAAAUUAAUAAAAUUUCUUAUGUUCCGCCUGAACAGCUAUCACAGACUCUAGCCACAAGAAUAAAAGAUGCCGUGGAGCUCCCAUUAGAUAAUACUGAAAGCUUCGAAAAAUUCAAUGAAGCGUUAAAUGAAACAACUUUAUACAAUUUUGCUGUGAAUGAUCUUGCCAAGUUAGGUGGAAAAAGCAUUAAUGAUUUUAUUAAAAGAGCAUGUCUCACAUUGCUAACCCACAAAGUUGGUGCUGAAUAUAGCUACUAUGGCAAAAAAGGCAAGAAGCCUUUUUUAAAGCUAAAUGUAGCUAAAGUUUUAAUAGAAGCCUUUUUAAGGUACCCAGAUGCAACCACCAAAAUUGUAAGCGAUCUCAACAUUCUAAGGCCGCUCCUAAACCCUACCCUCCCUGCCACGGAGGACGAAAAUGACUCCGAUGGCUAUGAGGACUUUCCUCCAUUACCUACCAUCGCAGAGGUAGCGACUCGGAAGCCACCACCGCACCAGCCACUUCUCCUGUCUCUCGGCUUAGGACCCGCUCCAGGUCAAAGAGAAUCAGGAAAUCCACUAAAUCCGUCACCAAAUCGAAAACCGCCUCCAACAUAG